AUUUUGAAGGUUGGACCGGAAAUGAUCUCCGCUUGAAGCAGCAGCCGUCAGUCGGAGUGGAGGCAGUUGUUGUGGACCUGCUAGCCCGCGACUGUCCGCCGUUACCGUGGCUAUGAGAGGAGGUGGGGUGCGUUAGCAGCCGCUGGUGUACAGGCCGCCGCGGAGCAGCGUCACUUUGAGCGGGACUCCACAGUCCGGCGCUCCGAACUAGCUGCCGUGCUAACCCGUUAGCUUCCAGUCGCUAGCUUGACCACAGCAGGAUCCGAACGGCGUGGCCUCCGGCUGGUUACACUCAGUUUACGGAACCACCCUCAUCCACCCCCCGAGGGCUUCUUCCGCGGAGAUGGACAACCUGACUGAAGCUCUGCAGAAGCUGAAGCUGGCGUCUGGCGACAACACCGCUCACGGCGUGGAGAUCUGCCUGGACUGUCUGCUCAAAGCGCUCGCCAGCACCAACACUGAGGCCAGCAUGAAGAUCCAGGAGAUGGGCAUCCUUCCUCUUUUUCCCAACUUGCUUAACCCCCAGUCUUCAUGCACCCCCAAAGUUGCCAACAUAAUUGCAGAGCUGGCCAAAAAUGAGUUCAUGCGGAGUCCCUGUGUGGAUGCAGGCCUCAUCCCUCCUCUAGUUCAGCUCUUGAACUCCACCGACCAGGAGGUGUUACUGCAGACUGGCCGAGCGCUUGGUAACAUCUGCUAUGACAGCCAUGAGGGCAGGAGUGCAGUUCACCUGGCAGGAGGGGCUCAGAUAGUAGCUGAACACAUUAAAUCCCUCUACCAAAAUACUGAGCCGGAAAAUGAGAAGCUCUUGACUGUCUUUUGUGGCAUGCUGAUGAACUAUAGCAAUGAUAAUGAUUCCUUACAAGCCCAGUUGAUCAACAUGGGUGUGAUUCCGACUUUGGUGAAGCUGCUGGGGAUCCAUUCGCACAAUGCAUCUCUGACAGAAAUGUGUCUCAUUGCCUUUGGGAAUUUGGCUGAGCUUGAGUCCAGCAAGGAGCAGUUUGCUUCCACCAACAUCGCUGAGGAAUUGGUUCGUCUUUUCCAGAAGCAGGCAGAACACGACAAGAAAGAAAUGAUUUUUGAAGUUCUGGCUCCGCUGGCUGAAAAUGAUGUGAUCAAGCUGCAGCUGGUCGAGGCCGGCCUGGUGGAGUGUCUGCUGGACGUGGUGGCUCAGACUGUCGAUGGAGAGCGAGAGGAGGACAUCGCCCAGCUCAAGACUGCGUCAGACCUCAUGGUGCUCCUGCUUCUUGGAGACGAGUCCAUGCAGAAGCUGUUUGAGGGGGGGAAGGGCAGCGUCUUCCAGAGGGUUCUGUCCUGGAUACCGUCAAACAACCACCAACUGCAGCUGGCCGGCGCCCUGGCCAUCGCCAACUUUGCUCGAAACGACGGAAACUGCAUUCACAUGGUGGACACUGGAAUCGUUCAGAAACUUCUGGACCUGCUGGAUCGACAUGUAGAGGAAGGCAAUGUGACCGUACAGCAUGCAGCUCUGAGCGCCCUGCGCAACCUGGCUAUACCAGUUGUAAACAAGUCCAAGAUGCUGUCUGCUGGUGUGGCAGACGUGGUGUUAAAGUUCCUGCAGUCAGAGAUGCCUCCGGUCCAGUUUAAGCUUCUUGGGACAUUACGUAUGCUCAUUGACACUCAGGCUGAAGCUGCAGACCAGCUGGGAACCAACGGGAAGCUGGUGGAGAGGCUGGUGGAGUGGUGUGAAGCCAAAGAUCACGCCGGGGUGAUGGGCGAGUCCAACAGGCUUCUGUCGGCCCUUAUUCGACACAGCAAGUCUAAGGAGGUCGUCAGAUCUGUCAUCCAAGGAGGAGGGGUCAAGCAUUUAGUUACCAUGGCAACCAGUGAGCACAUGAUCAUGCAGAAUGAGGCCCUGGUGGCUCUGGGCCUAAUAGCAGCACUGGAUUUAGUUGCAGCUGAGAAGGACUUUGUUGGAGCCAGCCUGGUGUCGGUUCUUCAUAAGCUGCUGUCCGACGAGAGGAGUGCACCAGAGAUUAAAUAUAACUCCAUGAUUCUCAUCUGUGCACUCAUGGGUUCAGAACCUCUUCACAAGGAAGUCCAGAGCCUGGCGUUCAUUGACGUUGUGUCCAAGCUGAGGGCUCACGAAAACAAGACGGUGUCCCACCAGGCGUCGCUCACGGAGCAGCGGCUAACGGCCCAGAGCUAAAUGACUGUGUCCACCCCAAACCACACCCCCUCACCACAAAACACCUGCCUGUCCACCUGUUAGCCCCAGUGACGCCCGUCAGUCACUGCCCCGCGCCCUGUCAUCAUGUGCCAAGGUACCAUGUUGCAUUAACUGCCAGCCAGAUACACAGUCAUCUCUGACCUCGAGUCUCCGCCCCGCCCCGCCCUCUAGGCUUAGACUGAUGUGUAACACUGAAUUACAGAUGACACUUCUUCAUCGUUUUCUAGUUUUACUUUAUUUUUUUACAAGUCUCCAAUAAAAGUCAUAAAUGUAUUAGCAUAAAAGGCCUCUGAAACUGUUUUUAGAUUCUCAUGGGACACCGAUCCUCUCCCUUUGAAAGCCAUAAAAAGAGAUUGAUCCAGGUGGGGUAGCAGGUCGCCUGCUUUGCAACCGCUGACAUACUGAUGCAUCAGUCUAAACCUAGUCUCCAGCUUUACUUUGCAUGGAUCUUCAGUCCCCUGCAGCUCCAUGAGAGCUUAGGCGCCAUGAACAGCCUGACGCAAUAGAGACAUCACUCCUAAGACCAUAGCUGUGAACUAUCUGCCAGUAACCUACCAGUAACAAUGUGGACAGAACCAAAAACAGAGAAGAAAAAGUUCUUGUGAUUUCCUUUCUUUUUUUAGCAGCAUCCAUGAUGUGCCCAGUUGUGUCCCAUGUAGAUUGAGUAUAAAUUGACUAGAAACUGUGCAUGUUUUUGUCCUGUUGAAGCUGUGACGGUGUUCACUUCUCUGCACUCAUGUCCUCAUCGCCUGCCCACAUCUACAGUCUUGUAUGCUCCCUUUUUGGCAUUUGUUCUUCAGAACUUUGAUCGGACUUUCUUCUUCCACCCUCGCCCAAAGACAUUCCCUUGAUCCAGCAGCUGUGCACUGAAGGUAGAGGCCUCACAAAUUCUCAGCCGUUCUCUGAGCAGAAACCCCGGAUCAGAGAGAGAGUCCGGUCCAGUUUGACACAACAGAAUGUCAAAUUUCCAACUGAACGUGUGCCUUUAGCCAACCCUAAACUCCUGUUAGCCGUGUAACCACAGCAGAGGCAGCGCUCUGGCUUUGAUCCAGGAUGACCUUUCCUUAAUGGUGUUUCAUUGGACUCUCCUUUGAUUUUCAUUACAAAUUCUACAGUAGUGCUGCUUUGAAAGAAGAAUUGAACACACACCUGAAAUAUAUCUACAAGAAAUAUCCACUGGGUCAUGGGAACUCGCAUAAUCAGGUGGGUUCAGGUCUUCAAAGAUGUUUCACUUUUGAUCUGAAGGAAAAUGAAGACGUUCAUGAGAGUUUCAAUCCACUUGACCUCAGUGGAAGCUCUAUUCUGGUUUAUAUGUGUUACAAUAGCCACCAAGUCCAGAUGAGGAAGAUUGACUCUAAAGGCCACAGUGUAGGGGAUUUUGUCUGUUUGUGAAGGGUCAAGUACAAUUUAUCAAAGAUGUUUUUGUAAGCGUUUUAGAGGAGCAGAAACGUGUUUUUAAACAAGUUCUUCAUGAAUCAAAAUGAGUCGACGUCAGAGCCGUACUGAUGCACAGCUUGUUCCCCGGUCUGGAUCCCACAUUCCUACGUAUGAACGGUUAUUUAUCAGAGUUGUGAUCUACUUCAGACACAUGCCAGUGGAACUGUAUGCAUAGUAACUGCGUGAAAUGCUAUAAACGUAAAUGUUUGUUGUAAAUGUCACAAGUUGUACAUUUGGAGAUCUCAGCAGAUGAAAUAAAACUGAUAGCUGGUGA